CGGGGGACGCGUUUGCCUGCCUGGCUCGGCCCACUCUUCCGGCCGGGUGUUCGCUGCCGGGGCCGGGCAGCGGGCGAGGAUGUGCUCGGCGCUGCGGAAGGUGCUAUGCCUGGGGAAGGAAAUGUUUCUAAAACAGGCAUUUGCUCUUAGCAGAGUAACAGCGGCCAGAGAGAGCCCCAUCUGUGCUGUAGGCAGCACGUUGUUGAGCUGCAACAGACACUACAGGUCCCAGCCGACCCAUGGCAUUGGGAGGUUCAGACACCUGCUUCCACCGGAGGUUUCAAAGAGGAAAAGGGACAGGGUACGGAUGAAGGAGAUUCGGGCUGGAUCAGAUCACGAAUAUGGAGACCUGAACAUACAGAUGACGGCGUACGACAUGUGCCUGGUGGAGCAUUUUGCUCAAUAUGUUCAUAAACUCUGCAACCGACUCUCCAUUCGAGUGACUGAAAGCUAUGCCAUGCCCACUAAAACCAUGGAGGUGAUGCUCAUGCAGGAGCAAGGGUCCAGGCUGUACCUGGAUGCUGUUCUUACAACUCACCAGCGAGUUGUACAGAUCAGUGGUUUGAGUUCAACGUUUGCUCCUGUAUUCUUGGAGGUUAUUCAGAGUAACCAGCCCGAAGGGGUCCAUCUGUCAGUGAAAGAGCAUACAGAGACAGACUUCAAGGUUCGAUUAAAGGCUCGACCGGAACUUGAAGAGCUGAUGGCGCAAAUGAGCUGAGCCAGUGUCCAGCGAAAACUAUCCAAUCCAUUUCAAAGCCAUCUUUGUGACGCUAGUCAUCCCUUAAUUGGCUCCUGGUAGCCUUGAAAGGCAGCUCUUAAUAUGCUCUUAAUGAUAUGUUUGUUGCUUGCAUGAUGUUUCCACUGCUCUGUUAAGGAGCUUAUUUUAAUGAAGUGAAAUGUACCCAUUGUG